AUGUCUACAGGAAAGGUCAAUCUUAUUUCGCCCGGCUCGGCUCACGAAUUCGACUUUGUUGUUGUUGGAGGAGGCACGGCAGGGAACGUGGUGGCCGGUCGGCUGGCUGAGAAUCCGAAAGUGUCGGUCUUGGUCAUUGAGGCUGGACGAGGAGAUCCAGAAAACAUCGCUGAAAUCACCACUCCUGCUCGCGCUUUUGAGACCCGCAAUGGACCAAACGAUUGGAAAUACAAAACCACUUUGAUUGAUCGCCCAGACUAUACACGAGUUGAGAAGCCCAACACACGAGGAAAAGUACUAGGUGGUAGUAGCUGCUUGAACUACUACACCUGGGUCCGAGGCAGCAAGGCAACAUUCGACGACUGGGAAGAGUUCGGCGGAAAGGGCUGGAACUGGCAUGCACUGAAAGAUUAUUUUGACAAGCCUGCCACGUACCAUGACGACGAGAACAACUACCCCCAUGUCAGGGAUAUUGGAAUGGGAGGACCGCUUCAUGUGGAGCAUGCGGAUCUCGUUCCCGAGCUACGGCCCUUCCGGGACGCGUUGCUGAAGGCGUGGACGAGUAAAGGGCUCAACAUUAAUGACAAUAUUUACGAUGGCACACAAAAUGGGCUGACCCACUGCGUCAACACCAUAUACAAGGGCGUCCGCUCUUCGAGCUGGUCCUUUCUCGUUGGGAAAACCAAUGUCCAUAUAUUGUCAUCCUCGCACUGCAAGCGAUUGCUUAUCAAUGGUGAUCGAGUCACCGGAGUCGAAGUUCAUGGACCAAAUGGCGAGGAUACUACGAUUCAGGCACGCAAGGAGGUUAUAGUUGCCGGUGGCGUCUAUGAAACACCGAAGCUAUUGAUGCUGUCUGGCAUCGGCCCUGAAAAAGAGCUGUCGGAGUUCGGCAUCAAAGCCAUUUCCAACUCUCCCCAUGUCGGCCAAAAUCUGCUGGACCACCCGAUUAUGCCGCAUACUUUCCGCCUGAAGGAUGGACUCGGCUUAGAUGACCACCUACUGCGUGCAGGUCCUCAGAAGGAGGGCGCAGUCACGGCAUACAAUCGAAACCACUCUGGUCCUCUGGGUAGUGGUCUUUUGGAGCUGGUUGGAUUCCCACGUAUUGAUGAACGUCUCUCUAGAAUCAAGGAAUAUGUCAAAGCAAAGCAAGAGAAUGGCGGAAUAGACCCAUUUGGGCCCGCGGGACAGCCGCACUUUCAAGUUGACUUCGUGCCUAUGUUCUCGGACGCAUUUCAGUGGCAUUUCCCUGUUCCUCCAGAGGGAAGCUGGUUAACUGUGAUCGUUGAUCUUCUGCGACCAAUCUCAAAGCCAGGCUGUGUGAAGUUGCGCUCCAAAGAUCCGCUUGACGAUCCAUACAUCAACACUAACUAUUUCAAUAAUCACCUCGAUGUGAUUGCUCUGCGGGAGGGUGUCAGAGCUGUAGAUGAUAUUCUCAUGACUGGCGAGGGCUUCAAAGACAUAAUUGGCGAAGAUUAUCCAUGGCCUAUGCCGCGCAACUCAGACGAGGCGAUGGAAAAGAUGAUUCUUGAGCGCUCUCAGACAGGAUUCCACCCCUGUGGAACCUGUCGUCUUUCACAGAACAUUGAUCAGGGUGUGGUCGAUGGAACACUGAAAGUGCAUGGUUUCAAGAACCUAAGGGUGGUUGAUGCAUCUGUUUUCCCUGUCAUUCCGGACUGCCGUAUUCAAAAUGCCGUCUAUAUGGUUGGAGAAAAGGGCGCUGAACUGAUCAAGGCGGACCAUAAGGACCUUUACUGA